GCACAUUCUCCAUCAAAUCCCAAUCUGCGAGCCAGGCUACUAUCCCAACAGCUUUUCUCGACUAUAAGCCGCACUCUUAUGACAUCACAUUCGAGGCUGAUAUCCAUAGACCUGGUGAAAGUGCCUGGUUGAGGUGUUUGCACUGUUUGUGGUGGAGCAGCAAGGCUUAAUCCGCCGACGGCGACUCCACUGGCCAGUGGCCAGGUGGUUCAGUGCAACAACAGCAAGGCUGACAGAUUCGCAGCCAUGGCAUAGUUAUAAUCCUCGAGGACUGACUUACUAACCAUUACACAUCUACCAUGUCUCUUCAAGAUAUCCCCGAGUUCCUCCUCCUCUGCCGCGAGGACGAGUCGGUGACCGCCUUCGAGGCGGCGCUGGCGCGACAAUGGCCCGCCCACGCGACGGAGCCGAAAGUCCAGUUUCGCAUUGUGAGGCAAUCGCUGCGUGACGUGCCCGCGACCACCCCCUUCGACCUGAUCGUUUCCCCCGCCAACUCCUACGGGCUCCUCGACGGGGCCUUUGACGAUGCCAUCACCCGCAAAUUCUGCCUCCCCGACCAUCCCUACGAGACCCUGACGCGAGCGGCGCAGCGGGUCCUCUACGAGCGCUGGCGCGGCUUUGUGCCCCCCGGAACGUGCACCCUGGUGCCCUUUCCCGAGUCCUUGACCCCCAACGAGUGGGGGUGUCGGUGGGUGGCCCUCUGUCCGACGAUGCGCAUGCCAGACCGCGUGAGUUGGGAUCGCGAGGUGGUGUACGAGUGUAUCUGGAGUCUGCUGGGACAGCUAGAAGGGUGGAAUCGGGGGCGUGCGACCGAUCGCAUUGAGCGGAUCCUGAUCCCUCCGCUGGCCACCGGGGUGGGCAGGGUCAGUCCGCAGCGCUGGGCGGCCCAGAUGGUACUGGCGGUAAGACAUUUUGUGGAUGCGCUGGAGCGACCGGCGCACUGGAGCAAGAUGAACUGGCUGGAUGCGGCGGAUCAUCAUCGUGAUAUCCUCCCCACGUGGAAUAUGUGAUGGCAUGAGUUGUGAUGGGGCUGAGGAGGAAGAAGCGGGGGGGGGAGGGAAGGGAGGACGAUCUAGAAUCUAGUCUUACUUCAUUACAAGACUCUAAUAACUAUAGAUCCACUAUGAUC